CAGCCAUGUUGGUUUCCGUAGUGCCGUGGAUGUGAGCAGAGAUCGCGAGAAUUUGACGUUCAAAUGGGCCGUGUGCGAGCGUGAAAGACUUCGUUUCGGCCUGCAGGCAGCAUCACCGGGACGGUCUGCACCUCGGACGCCCCUCAGUCGUCCACCCACGACAGCAGCAUCCGCAUCGGCAGCUCUCAGCACUCGCGGCACACAGGAGGGAUGCACACCCCCGAGGCGACCACCAUGUGCAGCCCCCAACCGCCCCUGACGGCGGGACUCGCAUUGCCCGCUAUCAACAACAAGACCGAGCAGGAUAAAUUCACAAACAGCAUGCUGUGCCUACAGGAGGAGUUGAACAACCUCGGCAUCCAGAACAAAAGCCCUGACGAGAACGCCCGCGCCCUCAGCCCCAUCCCGGUCAAAAUCGUCGAGUCGGAGGAAUCGAGUCCCAGCGUCGAGUUCCCGAAUCCGGCCACCGUGGGUUUCUUCGACGGCCUCUUUGGCUGCUUGAGGCCGGUGCUGACAAUCAUCGGCAAGGCGGCCGCGUCGGAACUCAAAGGACAAGACGACUGGGAGAUUCCAUUUGAAAGCAUCAGCGACCUACAAUGGCUUGGCUCAGGGGCCCAAGGGGCAGUUUUCAGGGGUACCUACAAGAAUGAGCAUGUCGCUGUCAAGAAGGUUAGGGAGCAGAAAGAGACUGAUAUAAAAAAUCUACGCAAACUGAACCAUCAGAACGUCGUUCAGUUCAAGGGAGUUUGUACACAAGCUCCGUGUUAUUGUAUCGUCAUGGAAUAUUGUCCUUAUGGGCCUCUGUACAAUUUACUCAAAGAGGGUGAGAAGAUUCCUCCCGGCAGGCUGAUCAGUUGGGCAAAGCAGAUUGCCGAUGGAAUGCAGUACUUGCAUUCACACAAAAUAAUACAUCGAGACCUCAAAAGCCCUAAUGUUUUGAUCGGCCAGAACGAAGUAAUCAAAAUUAGUGAUUUUGGAACGUGUCGGCAGUGGAAUGAGAUCAGCACCAAAAUGAGUUUUGCAGGGACAGUUGCUUGGAUGGCACCUGAGGUGAUAAGGAAUGAGCCUUGCAAUGAAAAAGUUGACAUUUGGUCAUACGGCAUUCUCUUGUGGGAGCUGCUGACUUGCGAGGUUCCCUACAAAGACGUUGACUCGUCUGCAAUUAUUUGGGGCGUCGGGUCAAACUCUCUGCAACUGCCCAUUCCGGAAACCUGUCCUGUUGGGUUCAGGCUGCUCAUCAAACAGUGCUGGAGUUCAAAACCUAGAAAUAGGCCGUCGUUCAAGCACAUCCUUAUGCACCUGGAAAUCGCAGCUGUCGAGUUGCGGUCGACGACGCCCGACUCGUACUACAAAACCCAAGCUACCUGGAAAGAAGAGAUUCGAAGUCAUCUGAAGAAGAUGCAAACUGAGGGAUCACACAUUCCUCGAAUGGAGCAUGAAUUGGUGGAGAAGAGGAAGCAGGAACUGAAGCAUGCCGAGGACAUUCGGAAGCACUAUGAACGGCAACUCGAGCGAACAAACAACCUCUACAUGGAUGUCAAUGCAAUGCUUCUGCAAAUCGAACAAAGAGAACGGGAGCUCAAAAAGCGUGAAAAGCAGUGUCUGUGCUACAAACCUCACAAAAGGAGAAUCGUCCGUCCAUUCAUCAACAAAGCAUCCGAACACAUUCGCACUGUCCGCCGCAAUUCAAACAACAGCCAAACAACCUCUCCAGACGUCCCAAGUACAAGCCCUGAAACGCCUCAAAGAGAUAUAAUCACAGUAAGCCCCCCAAAAUCUACCUUGUAUACCGAGCUCGACGUCAACUCACUCACACCUCAGUCAAUCGCCAGAGAGGGUUCAACAAGGGCCAGGAGGGCAAGACAUCACAGGAGGACAAACAGUCAGGGCUCAAACAACAUCACCCUGAGCAGUCCUGGAAAGGAAAGAAAAAUGUCUAUGCGUGUUGACAGCGAAACCCAAACAGAGCAAGCGCCCAUGGAGGUGAGCGAAACCGACACCAUCAAGAGCAACACCUUGGCCAACAGUCCUUACCUGAACUCCCCUGCCCUCCGAGGGUGCACCAUCGAGUCCUUAAAUGGCAACAUUGAAAUCACAAGUGACAGUGACUGCCCCAUCGAGGAUGCCAACAGCAAUUUGCCUCCUUCGGAUGGCAACGAUGAACACCUAGACACCCUCGAUCGCAAACUGAACGAGUUGAAGAGCGCUGCUGAAGACAAGAGUGGCAUAAAGCGGACUUUCAGGAUGGUUGAGAGCACUGACACCGUGGAGGACUCGAUGGAGUCGAGUAGGGAGGACUUGUGUUGGUCCGAAGAGGAAGGGUCUGUCUACAGUGACCACCACGCAGCCUUCGGCCGGAGAAGCAUCAGCAGGCGGCCGAUCGCCCCCUGCAGGACAAGGAGGGUUGUGCUCAGGGUACCUGCGGGCAACGCGUCUGAAGACAAUGAAGAAAACACCUCAGAGUACGAGCCAGGCAGUGUCCGUUCCACCCUCGAGAGCAACCCAGACUUAUUGGAGCAAAUGUCUGCAAUGGGAGCCAUGGAACUGCCGGAAGGAACAAAGUUUGAGAUGGUGGUUGACAGUUCGGAGUCGGACUCGGACGAAGGGAGCCACACAACGGUAGCCACUCAGCAGCAGCUAUCGUCACCUAGGUACCACCAGAGGUGGCAAUAAUGAUUAAUUUCUGAUAUUUGUACAAGACAAACCAGUUUUGUUUUAACAACACUUGAUUUAAACUGUACCCCAAGUAAGCUAUUGACAGCUGAAUGCAUUGUUGGCUAUUUUUUAUUUAUGUGACUAUUUAUGUGCGGUAGCUAUAUUUACACACACGCUCUCUUUGUAUAGUGAUAGCAACGUUCGAAAACUUUAUUACGUAAUAUUUUAAUGUUUUAUGUACUUAUAACUGCGGGAACCGAACAUUCCAAUUAGAACUGGAUAAUAACACAUUCCUUUCUGUAAGAAAGAUCUCAGCCUAAUGGUUAAGGAGCUGUUAGACUUAAAUUAGUUGUUAACAAGAAGAGUCCAUUUUUGGGCCACAUUAGCGUGGCAGCAAAUUUGUAAAAUUAAAUGUAUACUGUAUACUUACAAAAACAGACGCAAUAAACUCAGAUACACAAGCAUA